GUUUCUGUACGUGACUUGACGUUGCUACAAACCAGAAACGGCAGUACAAGGCUGUUCUACACACUUUGCUAUCUGUCCGAGUGUUUCUUUGUAUUUUUGGAGUGAACAUCCAGACGGUGUUUAGCUCUGGAGUUAACAGCAUUAUGGCGUCUGGAGGCCCUGUGAUGAAUGGAGACGUCUCAUGCUCUCCCAGUCAGUCUGACACACUGGAGGAAACCCUACAGCAGAUGAACAUCCUCAUCCAGGAGAACCGAGACCUGAAAGAGGCCCUGCGUCAGACCAACAUGACGAUGAAGGAGCGUUUUGAGGGUUUGUCUGCGUGGCGGGAGAAGCAGCGGGAGGAGCGGGACUUCCUGGAAAGCAGGCUGGAGGAGGCUCGUGGCCGCAUGGAGGCGCUGACCCGCCAAAACCAGGAGCUGAGCAGGAGGCUCGAGGAGGCGGGGAGAGCAGGAGAAGCUUCAGGAGGAUGGCAGAGUGCCGAAAUGGAAGCCCUGCGUGCCCGGGUUGCUCGCCUGCAGGCAGAAAAGAACGACCUGGUGGCCAUGAACUCUGAACUGCAGCUGAAGGCGGACCAGGACUCUCAGGACGACUCCUUCAUCGAGAUCAUCAGGGUCUCGGAUGGAGGCGUUGAUGGUGUAAAUGAUGUGUGUGGCACAGAGCGCAGCAGACAUCUGGAAAUGAGCAUGACAGCGUCCCGACUGGGCAGCAAGGAGGUGACGGUGAGCCAGUUGCUCCAGUCGCUGAGGAACGAGUCUCAGCAGGCUGAUCGGCUGCAAUCAGAGCUGCAGCUUUCUACUGCCAGAAUUAGAGAGCUGGAGGAGAGGAAGAAUAAAGUAGAGAAAUCAACACAGACAAUCCAGCCAGAGACUACAGAGACAAAAGAGGGUUCUCGGAAGGAAGUGAAGGCAGCAUCUGAGGUGGAGAAUCUCAAGUCUCAGAUGAUGACACUGUUCAAAGAGCUGCAGCAGGCCCAGAGCAAGCUGGAUGAAGCAGAAGGCAUGAAGAGGAACCUGCAGGACAGAUGCCGGGAGGUGGAGCAAGAUAUGGUGACUCUGAAGGCUCAGCUGGUAGAGCAACGAGCCGUUCAGUCGGAGAACGACCGGCUGAAGCUGCAGCUGGACAGCAUGCAGGCCCAGAGCCAGAUGGAGCAGAAGAAGGCUGGGGAGGAGAGAAACAACCUGGCUCAUCUCAAGGACGCCUAUACCAAACUGUUUGAAGACUACAAUGAGCUCAAAGAGGAGAAGAAGAAGAGAGAGUGUCAGCUGGUGCAGAAGGAGUUGGUAGAUGAGCUGCACGAUCGGCUGACCACUGCUGAAGAAGCCCUAGCUGCAAAACAGAGCAAAAUUGAUGACAUGAAGCAGGAGAUAUUCCAGAAGGAGAAGGAGCUGGAGACCAUAUCUGUUUUCCAGGCUCAAGCAGAGGUCUACUCCUCAGACUUCUAUGCUGAGCGGGCAGCGAGGGAGAAACUCCAUGAAGAGAAGGAGCGUCUGGCUGCUCAGCUGGAGUUUGUAAAGAAGCAGAACACCCAGCUGCAGGAGGAGAUGGACUCACUGGGCCGGCAGUCACUGAAUGAGAUGCAGAGGAGACAUGUGUCAUUGGGCGGAAAUCAACAUGGAGCUAGUGCAAUUCUGGUUGGAAGAGGUAGUGACUGGCAGCAUCAGGGAAACAUUCCUGAACACGCCUGUCCCAAGUGCAACGAGAUCCUGCCAGACCUGGACUCUCUGCAGAUCCACAUCAUGGACUGCAUCAACUAGACCUCCCUCAUUAUAAGCAUCUACGACAGCAGCAGCAACAUAAGCACCUUAAUCUGAGUCUUCCUCUGCUUUGACCUUUACUUUAUUCUGAUCCCUGUGACAACACUCCACAGAUCCCCUACAAGAUCACUAGUAUUCACUGUAGGAUGGGAAGGCCUCGCUUUUGUCAGAAUUGUGUCAGAAUUUAGUCAGAAUUUUUAAGUAGAUGGAUUUCAAAGUUGUAUCAAGGGUUACUGUACAAGAUAAAUCUGGAAAUGAGUGUGAGAAGAAUAUGUGAUCUCUAGUUAGUUGUAUAUUUAAGCAUUGCUCAAAAACAUUUGGAAUAGUAUAGAAAUAAUGUCAUAAGACACAUCCUCUUGUAGGUUUUGGGUCCAUGCCAUCUGGCACAUAGUCUGUGAUGAAAGAAAACAACUGAAGAUGAAAAUCUUUGAGGCAAAACAAUUCUGUUACAUCGAUACAGAAACUGCACAAACCCUUUGACAAGAUUUUUGUUUGGUGCUAUUUGCCAAUCACGCACACAUUAAAUCAUCAACCAAAGUUGAGCCCUUACAAGUUGUGUUUGUUUACCAAGUUGGCUGCUGAAGGCUUUUUAAAAUUUUUUGGCGGCUCCCUCAUCAAAUUAAAAUGAUUUCUUUCUAAUUUUUUUUUUGCUUGGAAAGGAUAUUUUAGCUCAUAAUUAGGUUUUUGGUGUUGGUGUAAAAAGGACCAUGUACCAUGUAGGCACUUUAAUAUGAAGAUAUGUUUUAUUUUGACCCUGCGAAUGAUAUCUGGUAAUUAGAAAGUACUAUAUUUAACUUGUUAAUCAUCCUUUCACUGUGAGGGACAUCCUUUGUAUGGUAUGUGUAUGUGCAGGAGGCUCCAACAACAUGCUCAUUCUGUGCUCUGUAGAUUAUAAAGGCCUUUUGAAUCCAUGUUGUAAUUCUGUGAAUAAAAGUAAAAUUAUUUGCAAAA